UUGAGGGGUGGGUCAACCGGAUAAGCAAGAUUAUCGUAUUAAAAUGUUCUACUGCAGGAAAGCCUACAGGUUUUGACAUAAGAAAAGUACUGGCGAACCUAAAAAAGUUCGUCAGCUUUAUUAUUUUUAAUGUAGCUCUAAGGAUAUUUUAGCUGUUCACAAGUUUGAGUGGCUUAUAUUAUUGUCUAGCCAUAAUAUAUAAAUAAAAAAAAUAACACAUGUUAACGUUUUUCUUGAGACAGGACAAACCAGCUGAUCAAAACAAGCAAGACCCGAAAAAGGCAUCACUAAAAGAUUACGAACGGCAAGAUUUUUAUGGAGCGAUGAUGACAUUAUCGAUCCUACACUCCUGUGCUUGCCCUAGGAAAUCCUUCGGUGACCUUUUCCCUGGUACUCGACCCAUGCAACCAAGGAAAGAGGAAACAAAAACAAGGAUAGGGAAUCUUCUUGUGGUAGCAGUGCUUGUUGCUGGUGUGACCUUUGCGGGUGCUAUUCAAUUACCACAAUUAAGGGGUAACUUUAACUCAAGUGAACAUCAUCAUGAAUUUCACAGCAGUAAUAUUACUGCCUCCCACAAGAUCAGUACUGCCUCUUACAGUCCUCCUGAUUAUGAGAGGCUUCUGUAUGGCUAUUUAUCUUGCAAUGUUUGGGCUUUCUCUCUCUCUCUGGUGGCCUCUCUAAGCCUUCUUAUGGCAAACUUUAGUGAUCCCAAUUAUGAAAUCAUUGCGGUUGGACUUUCAGUCUUCAUGGUUGGUUCGGCUAUUCUCGUGAUGUUCGCGGCAUUCAUUUAUUCUUUGACUAUAGCAUUACUGGGAUCCCAUGAUGCGUGGUUAAAAAUGACCAUUACAGUGGAGGCCUUUACGGGUUUAUGCUGUGGUUUACAUUCUUAUUCCUUGGAUUCUUCCGUUCGAAAGCAUCCCAAAUCUUCAAGGAAUGCUCUUGCAUUAUUUGUACUACAUCUAUUCUUUGUUUCAUUUCUACACUUACGAGUGGCUGCCUUAUAAAAUUUACAAGAGAAAGCACAAAUAACUAUCCAGGAUGAUCUUCACCAGCAGAGAGGUCAGGAUUUGUUGGAUUUCCCACUUUUAAAAGGUUUAGGGAUCGCUUGUCUCUGUCGAUUGUAAUAAUUAUUUGAAUUUGAAAUAACUUUCGAGUUUCCAAUUGAAUGCAUGCGCGUUUCUAAAGUUUUUUUUUUUUUUGUUUUUUUAAGCAUGCAUUUAUUACACUCCUUCUGUUGUACAAAUAUUAAAAAUACAAAUUA